CGCAGUCACGUGAGCGCCAUGGCGGCCCCCAAGCAGCUGUCCCGCUUCUGGGAGUGGGGGAAGAACAUCGUGUGCGUGGGCAGGAACUACGCGGACCACGUGCGGGAGAUGCGCGGCGCCCUGCCCAGCGAGCCGGUCCUCUUCCUGAAGCCGUCCAGCGCCUACGCGCCCGAGGGCUCGCCCAUCCUCGUGCCCGCCUACACCGACAACCUGCACCACGAGCUGGAGCUGGGCGUGGUGCUGGGCGGGCGCGCGCGCGCCGUCCCCGAGGCCGCCGCCAUGGACUACGUGGCCGGCUACGCCCUGUGCCUGGACAUGACCGCGCGGGACGUGCAGGACGAGUGCAAAAGGAAGGGGCUGCCCUGGACGCUGGCCAAGGGCUUCACCAGCUCCUGCCCGGUCAGCGCGUUCGUGCCCAAGGAACGCGUCCCGGACCCGCACAACCUCAGGCUCUGGCUCAAGGUCAAUGGCCAGCUCCGGCAGGAGGGCCACACGGCCUCCAUGAUCUUCUCUGUCCCCUACCUCAUCAGCUACGUGUCCAACAUCAUGGCCCUGGAAGAGGGCGACCUCAUCCUGACCGGGACGCCCGAGGGCGUGGGCCGGGUGGCCGAGAACGACGAGAUCCAAGCUGGCAUAGACGGGGUGGUCAGCAUGCGGUUCCGGGUGGAGCGCGCACAGGGCUGAGACCUCCGC